AUGAUGGCUCAAGGCAAGCUUUCUUUUUCAUGUUCAUCAUCAUCAGAUCCGAUAUAUCUUGAUUCUAGUCCAGAGCAUCCUUUUGGUCAAUACGGUCAACCUAAGUUAAACCAACCUGCACAAAUCCUUUCGCGACCAUCAAAUUUGAAACCUUUCACUGUUCAAGACAGUGAACCACCUAACAUCUACCAACCUACUAGUCAUCACGGUAGUCAUCACAGUCAAGUUGAGAUUCAUCAACCUGUACAAAACACAUCCCAACAUUUGAAUCUUUUAAGUCAAUCUAAGAUUUGUCUACCGGCACAAAAUACUUCGCAAGCCCAAAACACUUCGCAAGCCGCUGGUCAAUACAUUCAACCUAAGAUUCAUCAAUCUGCACACAGAAAUCCAAUUGUGGAGAUUUCCCGACCAUCUGAAAUCCAAGGGCAUUCCAUUCAUCAGGACAUUGAACGAAUUAAAUCAAAGGUUCAACAGCUACAAAACGCGUCCACUGGUCAAUACAGUCCACCUAAGAUUCAUCAAUCUGCACACAUAAAUCCACUUGUGGAGAUUUCCCGACGACCUGAAAUCCAAAGGUAUUCCGUUCAGAAGUACAUUGAACGAAUUAAAUCAAACGUUCAACAGCAACCCGUACAAAACGCGGUGCGAUUUCCAAACACGGAGCUUUCCGCUAGUCAGCACAGUCAACCCAGAAUCUCCCAGCCUGCACAAAACGUUUCGCGAUCCCUAGGCGCUCAGAUCACAAUGGCCGGUGCACAGCAAUAUAACUUUCCUCCUCCUCCGCCUCCCCCCUCUGGGCCACCUGUUGGAUAUCCUCAACAAGCUCCUCAGUAUGGAUAUCAGCAACCUUCUCCAUAUCAGCAGGCGCGCAACAACGGUCUUCCAAGAGGUGGUGCGAGAAGCGGCCACAAUGGUCCCCCUCAUCCACACCAAAAUGGUUAUAAUGGCCCACCACAAGGUCUUCCGCAAUUACAGGGUCCUCCCAGUGAUCAGUACAACCCGCAUAACCCGGCACCUUACAUAGGACCUCCAAGCGGAUCUCAAGGUCCUGGUCAUAAUGGCCCCCCCAACAAUUACCCUCAGCAAUGGCAGCAGCAAGGACAAGGUCAACAUGGCCCGCUUCAGCAUAAUCACGGACCGCCUCAGCAAGCACACCAACCACCACAUCAGCCACCGCCCCCCGUUCCUCUUCCUGCUCAGAACUACCAUCCAAAUUAUGCUCCACAGGGCUUCAAUCAACCACCACAGUAUGGUCCACAGCAACCUGCACCGUUUCAACAACCUUACGGACCACCUUCUCAGCAACCACAUCACGGUGUUCCGGCCCAACAAUGGCAAGGUCCACCUCAGGGACAACCUCAAUUCACCAAUAACAAUAGAGGUCGUGGUCGCGGUGGUUUCAAUAAUGGUCGUGGCGGCCAUGAAGCACCUCUCAUGGGCCCCCCAAUCCGCAUGGGAUUUGAUAACGAACGUGGAGAUCAUAUGGCUCAAGCGGGCAAUGGUUUCCCCCCUCCCCAAUACUCCAAUCAUCAGACCCCCCCUACUCCGUUUUCUCAGCCAACCUAUCAAGCGUAUCCCCCACAAAACUUCCCUAAUGGAGGUCAUGGAGGACAGCGUCCACCACAUGACCCUCAUUCAUUCAACUCGAGCUCUAAUCGGGGCAGAGGAAAUGGGAAUUUUAGAGGUAGAGGUCGCGAUAAUUUCCAAUUUCGUGGUCGCGACAAUGCUCGUUCUUUCAAUGGCAAUUCCCAAUCUCCUCCGAUGCAUUCAAAGCCUGCAGGUGUAGGAGACAAUGCGAAGAAGAAUAAGAAGAAGCGUAGAACAAAUACCCUUGGCUUGACACCAAACGGUGUAGACCAUGAGGAUAGCGAUGAUGAAAUUGAUGACGUUGAUGAAGAAGCUCGUUUGGUUACUUUGCUUGGUCCCGAUACUCCACAGUUACCUGCAGAUCUCAAGGCAUGGCUCGCUGAGCGUAAGAAUCGCUUCCCUACGAAAGCUCGUAGAGAAACUGCUGCUGAGGAGCUUCGCUUGAAACGUGAGCAAAACCAGAAUAAGAAUAACAAGGUCAAGAAAGAGGCCGAAGCGAAGCCUGUCAAAAAGGAUGAAGGAGAGACCAAACUCGAGAAACAGCAACGCAAGGCCGAAAAACUGAGACUAGAACUCGAGAAGGCUGAGCGUAAGAUCAAACAGGAGAUGUCCGGUGGAAAACGCAAGCGUGAAAAUGGCGACGAGGGUGAUGAAGACCGUGGUCAAGUGAGCGAUGAUGAUUCUGAUUCAUCCAAUUCAGACUCCGAGAAUGCAAAGCCGGAAGCCAUGUCAUCGCGCAACAAUAGUCACAUCGUGCAUGCACGAGCACCACCAACAAAAGCUCAGCUUCAACGUCACUGCAAGUACUAUUCGACUGGUGGUACCUGCGGUAAGAAGGGCAAGUGUCGCUUCGUUCAUGACCUGGAGGUCCGUAACCAAGCAUUGAGAGAGAAGGAAAUGAACGGUGGUAAGAUGACCAUUGCUCAACGUCUCAUUCUUAACGACACCGCCAAGGAUGACUUGACCAUCUUGAAGUCUAUCAAGUACCUCAAGGAGAAGGGUUUGAUGCCAGAGUCGUCCUCUGUUAGUGCACCACCAACAGAUGAAGAACUCAAACCCGAGGAAGCCGAUUACGCCGAUGCACCUGAAUAUGGAGAGGUUUAA